AUGACACUUGAUCUCGUUGGUAAACUUCACCGGACGAUUUAUGUGGAUGGUUGUCCUUCCGCCUUUUACGAGGAUUUUGUCCGCCUACUCGCUACGAAGUGUGGGCCAAUCGAGGGAUGGGAUGUUGCAGAUCGUCUUAUUGUUAUUUUCAGCAGCUUAAACAGCGUUAGUACGGCCCUGACUUUUAGCGGUACCGCAUUUGGUGACCUUACUAGCAGUGUAACCGUGUGGGUGGCGAAUCAGCCACCACCUCCUAAUGUUGUUCAGCAAGUCGCCAUCACAUCUGGGGGAAAUGGUAAGGCGAUUGAGGAAGCGAAGGCCGCAAAGGAGGCUCGGGAGAGACGAUUAGCAACGAUCCGCGCUGAGCUAGCGGAGGAUAUUGAACGUGAUAAAGAGGAGGAAAAUGUUAGUGUUAAGCUCCGUCGGUUGUGUUUACGGCAGUUAAGGGCGUUGUGCGUGCUCACGAGUCAUGCGCUCAGGGAAGUUGAGGAAUCACUGGAGCAGUCAACAUUGCAUCUCAACUCAAUGAAGCAACUCGUUGAUAAAUUGAAGACGAAAGGGAGCAGUCAUGGUCCUGCGGAUCCUGAUGCUCACCAGUCAACCUCUGUUCCCACUUCUUUCACAAGAGACGCGGCGAACGGGGGCGAGAAGCGCACCGUUACAUUACAUGUUGGCACUGCUGAUGCAACAGUGGAGGACGUGGGGAAAGGGCAGAAGCGCCCCCGAUCUGAGUGA